GGAACAGCAGUCGAGUAAGAUUGUCCAUGACACGCGGCGGAUUGAAGCGAGACUUGCAGUAAAAUGUCUAAGUCCGAGGUUCUGAGAGGAUUUGUUACUGAGAGACUCGCCGCCGCCUCCCAGGAAAUCUUAGCGGCCGUGGACGGACUCGUAGCCGGGUACGAGGAGGAGGCGUCGGGCUUCAGAGAGGAGAUCGACCGGCAGAGGAGACUACUGGAGGUUCUCCUGCAGCCUCGGGUCAUACUCAACAAAACCGGUGUGAAGUGCAGCAGGAGACUCCGCCAUGAUGAAGAGGACAAUGAAGAUGAGAUCCGAUUCCAGGAGAACCUACAGACUGAAGUACCUUCAAAAAAAGAUCUUCAGUAUCUGUUCGUGAUUAAAGAAGAGGUUCCCCUUGAGUUGAGCCCUCGUCUGGAUCAGGAGGAACCAGAGAACCCACGUCUUAAAGAGGAACAGGAGGAACUCUGGACCAGUCAGGAGGGAGAACAGCUUCAAAGGUUGGAGGAAGUUGAUGAUGCCAAGGUCCCACUCACUCCUGUCCAUGUGAAGAAUGAAGAUGAUGAGGAGAAACCUCAGUCUUCACAGCCUCAUCGAAGCCGAACUGAAGAGAUCAGAGAGGCAGAGCCUCCGUCGAACAGCUCAGCUCAGCAGAUGGAAACAGAGGCUGAUGGAGAGGACUGUGGAAAAUAUAAACCAGACAGGAACGUAGAUCCACAUUGUCAUCUUCAACCAGACACAGAUGAAAAGGUCUCAGAGUCUUCCGAGACUGAAGACAGUGACAUUGAUUGGAAGGAAACCAAAGCAAGAUUUAAGGGACAGACGAAUCUUAGGUGGCAAACGAACAUCCAUACAGGAGAGAAACCAUUUGGUUGCAGUGCUUAUUUGUACUGGGGUUGCGCGACCUAA